AUGGCACUCUGCCCCACCCCUAAGCAAUUCUGUCCCAACUUACGUCACUCUGCCACUCCCCUGGGUCACUCUGUCCCAACUUACGUCCCUCUGCCACUCCCCCAGGUCACUCUGUUCCAACUGAUGGCACUCUGCCCCACCCCUAAGCAAUUCUGUCUCAACUUACGUCACUCUGCCACUCCCCUGGGUCACUCUGUCCCAACUUACGUUACUCUGUCACUCCCCCAGGUCACUCUGUUCCAUCUGAUGGCACUCUGCCCCACCCCUAAGCAAUUCUGUCCUUACUUACGUCACUCUGCCACUCCCCUGGGUCACCCUGUCCCAACUUACGUCACUCUGCCACUCCCCUUAGUCACUCUGUCCCAACUUACGUUACUCUGCCACUCCCCUGGGUCACUCUGUUCCAACUGAUGGUACUCUGCCCCAACCCUAAGCAAUUCUGUCUCAACUUACGUCACUCUGCCACUCCCCUGGGUCACUCUGUCCCAACUUACGUCACUCUGCCACUCCCCUGGGUCACUCUGUUCCAAUUGAUGGCAAUUUGCCACACCCCUAAGCAAUUCUGUCCCAACUUACGUCACUCUGCCACUCCCCUGGGU